AGCUGAGGCCUGGAAGGGGCUGAGACCUCGCGGCGGGGCAAGGUCGUCGGCUUUGGAGCUGCUCGGUCAGGGAGGCCGGCAUCCGCCCGCAUUAAAACCUCAGGGCGUCCCCAGGCUGAGUUCCUUAGGGACGGCAGUCGGCCCCCACCUGUCACCGUCCCAGCGUAUCAUCACCUCCGCGGCGCCUCGCUCUAGGAGCCUUUGCUCACGCUGGGCCCUCUGCCUGGGACGCCCUCGUGCCUUCUCUGCUUUCACAGCCCUGCUCGGGCUCCUCCGUGCUGCCUAGCUCUUCUACAGGCCUCUGUCGGCUCAUUCAGCCUUUGUGGAGCGUUCUCCCUGUCCCGGAUUCCGACGUUAAGUGCAGGAGGUGCAGCCUGGAACACACUGGAUGAACAUAAGGCAGGUUCUGGGAGUGACAAGGGCUGCUUUAGAGCAGGGUUCUGUAGGCCUGACACUGGAGCUGAGACCUGAAUGGAUUAAAAGGAACCAACUUAGCUUUUCAGGUGUAAGGCACAGCAAGUGCCAAGGCCGCGACAUUUGUAACCCCAGUGCCCGUACAGCUCCUGAUACAAACAAUGAAUGGAAGACGUGAAAGCACUCUGUAUACUACAAAACGUCCUUUCUCAGUGGGUUUAUUUUCCGGGUAACAGAACUCUUGGCUGCUAAGGGAGUUGGAACUACAACGGUCUCCCAGAGGGUCCAGCAUAGCACCUGAGGCUGGAGGUCCUACACAUCAUCCAUACAAUCACAGCCCCUUCCAGUGAUGGGGCUAUUAAUGGCAAAGUUCUUCUCACUCCAAAAUUGCUCAAAGAAGAGAGUUUAUUCCACUAGAAGAAAUAGCAUAGAGAAUAGAACCAACACUCUUCAUUUGUUUGAGGUUUUGUUGACAGUGAUUUUUGCAGCUGAGAGUUGUAUCCAGUUGGUCAUCAGGACUGGAGAGUUGUCUCGCUGAAGUUUGGGGAGAUAAGUAUGAUUCUGCCCAAACACCAUACUUCCCAGAGCAACUAGAAGCCAUUUGUGUCAAGGUAACAUCUGGAGAAACUAAAGGACAGGAAAGGCCAAUGCCCCUACUGGCCACCAUCCAGCCCAAAGCAGCAAGACAGAGCCAGCCUCCCGGCAGGAAUUCCAGCCAGAUGGGGCUCUGCGUUGCCAGCCCUCAGCUGCUCAGGGUGCAGCCCCUCGUGAGAACUGGUCCCCAGCCAUGCUUCCCAAGUGACUUGCCUCAGCCUCCUGCUCAGGUGUUUGUACAGAGACCACUGCCUACCCUCCAACCAGUCCCUGCAAAGAGAGUCACAGCCCCCAAGCCCCGACAUGGACUGGGCUCCACAUUGGCCCCUUUGUCGGCCUCUGACCCGCCGGCAGUAACAUCUGUUUCAUCCAGUUCAGCUCAUUUAUUUAUUUCCAACUUGCAUACAAAACAUACUGAGAAACUAAAAAAAUCUUUAAAAGUGAAAACACGUUCUGGACGGAUAUCUCGACCUCCCAAAUAUAAAGCUAAAGAUUAUAAAUUCAUAAAAACGGAGGAUUUGGCAGAUGGUCAUCCGUCAGAUUCCGACGAUUACUCAGAACUGAGUGUGGAAGAAGAUGAGGACCAGAGGGACAAGCAGGCACUGUUCGACUUAUCAAGCUGCUCUCUGAGGCCCAAAACUUUUAAGUGUCAGACUUGUGAAAAAUCCUACAUAGGAAAAGGGGGACUUGCCCGGCAUUUUAAACUUAAUCCAGGCCAUAGCCAGCUGGAACCUGAGACAGUGUUGUCUGAGAAAGCCAACGGGAGCACGAUCCUGGGGUCGCUGGAGGGAGGAACCGUUACCCUGACUGCACCAGAGCUGUCCACACCAGCUGCUGUACCGGGGGCCGGGGCUCUCUCCUGCUGUGCCACAGGGACAGAGUCAGCACGGGGUAACCUGCAGAAUGGCCAGUCUGUAGAAGUUGAAGAGGCAUUGGUGUCUGAACCAGAAAAUGAAAGUCCUUCUGCUCUUUGGGAAUCAGAGAGACACCUGGGACCUGGAAGUGGAUACUCCGAGACGCCUGCAGAGUCCAGCACCGGAGGAGUGGCUCAGCCCCACAGGAACCCUGCUGUGGCAGAGGGACAGAGCACAUCCAAGGGCAAAGCCAGGCUCCAGGAGUUUCUGCAGCAGUGUGACCGGGAGGACCUGGUAGAGUUGGCUCUGCCUCGGCUGGCUCAGGCUGUGACUGUGUAUGAAUUUCUCCUGAUGAAGGUUGAAAAAGGCCAUCUAGCAAAGCCUUUUUUCCCAGCUGUAUAUAAGGAAUUUGAAGAGUUGCAUAGAAUGGUUAAGAAAAUGUGUCAAGAUUAUCUCAGUACUUCUGGUCCAUGUCCUCAGGAGCCCCUGGAAAUAAACAAUAAUAAGGUUGCUGAGUCAUUAGGAAUUACAGAAGAAUUCCUGAGGGAAAAAGAAAUCCACCCAGACUGUCCAUUUGAGCGUUCCAGCCGAGAGGAGCAGCCGGAGGAGGCUGGCAGACAGAAGAGGGAAAAUGAGGCCGCAGAGGAGGGGCUGACCUCAAUGAAAAGGCCCAGAAGAGAAGCCCUGCCCAGGGUCGCCACUGAGCCUCUUCCUACUGCCAGUGGAGGCUGGGAGAAGCACCAGCCCUCAUGUGCUGCAACUGUCAGUGAUGGGUUUGCCCCUCGAGUAAAUGGGAAUGUCUCUCCCCAUUCUGAAGAAAGCCAUACGGUGACGGUUUCUGAUGGCAAUAGAAGCAUACUACACGCGGGCCAGCAGCUUAAGGCAUUUGCCGACUUAGAAGCCAGGAGUGGGUCUGCGGGCCCUGCUCUCUCGUGUCGGGAUGUUGGUGGACCUGUUCUUUAUACUCGGUUGGGAGAGCGCAGGAGUCUGACCCAGGCACAGGUGGCAGCAUUCCUUGAAGAGAGUGCUCCAGAACAUUCUUCAGACCGGGAUGCCGGGGACAGCCUCAGGGGCCCAGGUGUCUGCAGCACCUUGUCAUCAGCUGAAGCGGGGGAGUCCGUGCUGCCUGGCGGGUCCGGAAGUGCAGAAGCAGGAAAUCUCCACGAGGUGCGCGACUCUCAUCUGAACUGCCAGGAGUCCAGCCCCAGCAACGUCCUGCCCGCAGAGGUUGCAGCACCUCCGCUUGAGAAAAUUCUGCCCCUGAACACUGUGCCAGUGGACUGCACCUACAGGACUGUGUCCGAGCCUGGGCCUCGGCCUGGCCCAGAUGGAUCACUGUCCCCUGGAGGUCUCAGAAACCACUUGGGGGACCUGAACCGGUUCCCCUGCGAGGUGGAGGUGCAUUCUGGACAGAGAGAACUGGAGGGUGUGGUUGCUAUAGGUGAGGCCGUGGCUUUUGAAAUUACCAGUGGGUGCCAUGAGUUAUUGUCUCAGGGACAGGAGCAGAUUUUUAUUCAGACUUCUGAUGGGCUCAUCUUGUCCCAUCCAGGUACAAUAGUGUCUCGGGAGGAGGACAUUGUCAUAGUAACCAAUGCAGAGGGGCCUGCCCUGCAGAUGGGCCUACCAGAAGGAGUCCCCCUAGAAACCGUGGAGUCAUUCCUCACCAUGGAGGCAGAGCCCUCGCAGUGAAAAGGGGUCAGAUCCUAGAUUUGUAUGUAUUUUAUGCAAAGAAGGUCUAUUUCAAGCAAUGUAUAUUUUUCUAAUGUGAAUACUGAUACAAAUGAACCUUAAUUUAUAAAGAAUAAUGUCUUUCUACCCUACUGUCUACAUCUCUGUACAGAGCUCAUUACAAGAGCGGGUAUGUGACCUAAUGACACACCCCUCCGACACAUCCACUCCCACAAGCUCUUGAUGCCUGUGGCAGUGAACACACUGCAGUAUUCCCGCUCCCUAUGCCUAAAAAACAACCUCUGCUCUCCUGGGUGAUUCGCUGCUUUUCCACCUGACUUGGCCCAUACUAGAAGCUGUUUCUGGGUUCAAUUAAAAAAAUAAGCUAGGCAUUUGGGGCAGCAUUUUAUUGAGAUGUAGGAAAAAAAAUCCAUUUCUAUUUGCAUUUCAUGGAUGAGGAAAGUGAGGUGUAAAUGAUAGGAUGACUUACAGGAGGUGCACAGCGAGAUGGAGCUCAGGUUAGAAUCCCAGUUCUCUGACUUAAAGUCACUUGCUGGGGUCUCUAUGCUUUUGAAUGUUUUCCUGGGCUAUAGUGUGGGGGGGUCAUUUGUCCACACGUAGACAAGAGCAUUCAAAGGGAGCAGCUGUUCUCUCCUCGCAGCUGGCAGAGACUGUCAGGAGAGGCCUCAAGCCGAGAGGGCUGCGUUGAGGGACAGGGCUGGGGUCUCGGGCUGCACAGCGCCCUGGUUCUGUGCUCCUUCUGGCACCUGCUGUGGAGGGAUGGGCUGUGUUCUCAGGGGCAGCAUUUCCUACAGCCUUUCCAUGACUAGGAGGCAGCUGUAUUCGCUCACUUGAUCUCGAGGCAGGCUCAGUAGGCACAGAAGGGCGCAUUUCUCAGCAGGACAGCAACAGCUGGCAGAUGAGCAGGCUGCAGCUGCCUAUGAGAGUCGCGCUAUCAGGCCAGCCUGUGGUUGUGUCCCGUAGACUCAGGGCCAUUUCUCGGGAGCCCGGUGUCUGAUGAAACGUUCCCUCCUGGGAUCCUGGAGACGGGCAGAGCCUUCUCAUUGCGGAUCAUUCAUAACCCCAGUCAGGCAACUAACACAAGCCGUGGUCUGGACAAGGCCCUGCUAAACAUAUAUUUUGCACCUAUAGGACACUAUGUUGAACAUCCCAACAUCUUAAUUUCACCAUUGCGUAUGCGCUACUAUGAAUGGAUAGUGAAUUUAACUGUAGUAAAAAAACAAAACAAAAAAAACUACCCUCAUUCCACUGCGCAGAGUUGGAAACACUGGAGGCCCUGAAGCAGUGUCCUCACUGACUGGCCACGUGCCCGCUGGGUGCUGCUGUGUGCCAGGCACGGGAUCGGUGGCAGUGAGCAGGACUCGGGGCUCUGCUCUCGGGUGCCCUGUGCCUUCUCUUCCAGGCUGGCCUUUGCAGAGUUCCCUAGUACGUAUAAAGAUACAUGGCAUAGCUUCCACGUCGCAACCCUCUAUUAAUAGACAUGGCUUUAUUGUGGUAGAAUAAACAGAAAUUUCCUUUUCUCAUGAA